GCCCGUUUGUGACCUCCUGACUAUUCCUGUGGCAACAGGUCUUGGUCACCGGGAAGAAUGACGUUUUAAUCUGAACGAGGAGGAAGGGAAAAGAUGGGCCGCUGGGAGCAGCUGCUUAAAAAGAGCAAUCAAAACCCACCCCUGUGUCUUUGUCAUUUCGGGAGCAAUUCUGCCACAGAAGGAAGAGAACUCUGGACUCCCCUUUUCUGACCAUUCCCGGUCUGACCACUAGACUGUGCUUCCUCUAGCUGGCUGAAGCUACAGGGAUCACACGCAGAUGCAGGAGUGCAAUACUGCCACGUCCUUGCUUUCGCCUUUCGUUGGAAGCUGUCAGAGAGCUCUGAACACUUCAGAAUCCCCCCCAGAGAUGUUCAUAUAUCGUACAUACUUUAAAGAUGGGGAAACCGAGGCACAAGGGUCCUGCCCAAGAUCACAAGGGGUCUGGCGACGGUGAUGAGCAAUGGGGUAUGAUGUAGCCCGCUUUCAGGGGGAUGUGGACGAAGACCUUAUAUGCCCCAUCUGCAGCGGAGUCCUGGAGGAGCCGGUGCAGGCUCCUCAUUGUGAACACGCCUUCUGCAAUGCCUGCAUCACCCAGUGGUUCUCCCAGCAGCAGACCUGCCCCGUGGACCGCAGCGUAGUCACUGUGGCCCACCUCCGCCCCGUGCCCCGGAUCAUGCGGAACAUGCUCUCCAAGCUGCAGAUCACCUGCGACAACGCGGUUUUCGGCUGCACGGCGGUCGUGCGACUCGACAACCUGAUGUCUCACCUCAAUGACUGUGAGCAUAAUCCAAAGCGGCCGGUGACGUGCGAGCAAGGAUGCGGCUUGGAAAUGCCCAAAGACGAGCUGCCGACUCACAACUGCAUCAAGCACUUAAGGUCGGUGGUGCAGCAACAGCAGACGAGAAUCGCUGAGCUGGAGAAGACUUCAGCGGAGCACAAGCAUCAGCUAGCCGAGCAGAAACGGGACAUCCAGCUGCUGAAGGCCUACAUGCGAGCCAUCCGCAGCGUCAACCCCAACCUGCAGAACCUGGAAGAGACCAUAGAAUACAAUGAAAUCCUAGAGUGGGUGAACUCCUUGCAGCCUGCCCGGGUGACGCGAUGGGGCGGGAUGAUCUCCACACCGGACGCCGUCCUCCAGGCGGUCAUCAAACGCUCACUGAUGGAAAGCGGGUGCCCCACGUCCAUCAUCAACGAGCUGAUCGAGAACGCCCAUGAGCGGAACUGGCCGCAGGGCCUGGCCACCCUGGAAACCCGCCAGAUGAACCGGCGCUAUUAUGAGAACUACGUGGCCAAGCGCAUCCCCGGCAAGCAGGCCGUGGUGGUGAUGGCCUGCGAGAACCAGCACAUGGGGGAGGACAUGGUGCUCGAGCCGGGGCUGGUGAUGAUAUUUGCACACGGAGUGGAGGAGAUCUAAAGACUUUUAAAGAGAGAGAAACAUUUUGUGCUUGAAAAAAAAUAACUAACUUGUCUAAAACCGCUGACAUCUCCCCUCCCCGCCCCCGUCAGUCACAGCAUUAUAUCAGGGCAUUAUUCCUCCAAGCGUGUGGCUCGUAAUUUAAAGAGUGUUUAAAGGCCUCUGGCAAACACUCCCUUGUAGCGCUGGGCAGUCACCCAGCGUCAUAUGCAAAAUGCGGUUUGCCUCCUGCAGCAGAUCCACCUCCCAGUCCGGUGUCCGUGUGGCUUCUAACUGGCUUUGAAAAGCACACAGCCCCUCGAAACCGCUGUGGGCUUUGGAGCGGGCCUGACUGCUGACACCUCUGCCAUUGUCCUGACGUCUUGGCGCAGUCCAAACCAAACGGGCCAGCAGAUCUCGGCAUGGUGCUGCCCUGGGGUGACCCGACCACACGGUGUUCACGUCUGCGCCGAAGCUUUAUUCCCCCCACUCCCGGUUUCUUUCCUCCCUCUGAGGCACCUGUGUGAAAGCCACAGCUCUCCAGCCGGGCUCACGCCUGCAGGCUGCAAAGCGGGACCACAAAGGCAGGUCUCGCUUUGCAGCCUUUGGUGGGAGGUGGGACCCUGCUCAGACAUGCCUACGGUUUGGCCGGGGGGCUAAGCUGCAGACACGAGCGAUGCCAAAUAACCGCUCCCCACAAACGAGGCGUGAUUUCACCAUAACGGCGUUUUGCAGCCAAACAGCUGAGCUGUGGCGCAACCACGCUCUGGAACUUGACCGUGUGGCCUUGUGCUGCUCUGGGGAGAAACCAGACUUCAAGGGGGAAUUCGAAGUGGAACUAAAGUCUCAUUGGACGGCCCUUUCGCCUCCUUCCUUUCUCCCUCCCGCUCGGAGCCGACCGGACGCUCUGGUGGCUCGGACACCCGAGGGAGGCAACGGACUCCAGGAGCCUGUAAUGUGGACAGCCUCUCUGCCUGCCAGUCUUGCCCGGAACCUAGAUUCAGCUGUCCUGUCUGUGUGUGCGUUGAACGGUCAACAAAGAGCUUUAUGUAUUUUUUUCAGACACUUGUGAUUGUGGUUUGUUUUUUUUGUACUUUUUUUUGCCUUGUUUGUUUGUAUUUUCCCUUUAUUUUAUUUUUUAAAUACAGUGGCCAGAAAUGCUGCCAGGCCCAAUUAAGUUUAUUUGUUGGGAAUUUAAUUUAUUUGCAUUUGUGGGAUUUUUUUGGGGCAGGGGGGUGGAUUUUUGGUCCUUUCUUUCGGUCUUUGUCUUACCUGGAGACUUUGUUUCCUCUUUAGCUCGUUGUUUUGUGCCCAAGGUGGCUGCGUGUGGGACAGGGAGUGAAUUGUCAAUAAAUAAGAGGUUCUGAUUGCUUUAA